AUGAUUACUCUCUUCAAUGAUUUACCUGAUCUAUCAUUGAUAGAAAUAUUUUCUUAUUUAUCUUGUGUCGAUGCUUUAUGGUGUUUCAAUAAUCUCAAUAUUCGUUUAACAAGAUUAUUAAUUGAACGUGGUUUUUAUUAUCAUAUUAAUUUAUCAUCCAUGCGGUAUCAUCGAUUCAAAAAAAUUUUAUCAUUACUUCGAUUCAAUGUAAUUCAAUCACUUGCCAUUGAUUGUUAUUCGUCACCACUUCAGCUAAGAUGUUGGCCUUAUUUACCACAUUUAAGAAUAUUAAAAGUAAAAGGUGUACGAAACGUGGUUGAUGUUUUUAAUUUUGCACAACGGCAUGCCACUACAUUAACUCAUUUAACAGUUGAAUCAAGCGAGUAUUUUGAAACAUUUGGUCUAAGUAGAAAAUUAUGUUAUCCAUCAUGGAAUUUAUGUGAAUUCAUUACAGAAAUUCUUAAUCAUCUGUCUGCUCUUUGUUCACUUGAUUUAGGAAUGGAAUCAUCAUUUUUCUUACAUCAUUGGCCAUUUAAAAUAAUACAAAUACCUUUAACUUAUUUGGCUAUUACAUUGAGCACAACACGGAACUUAUUAGACAUAAUGUCGACUGAACCAUUAUCACGUACAUUAGAACAGUUACACAUUAAAUUAGCUCAUGAAUGUUUUCUUAUAAAUAGUAGUCUAGAUGGUAUAAAUCUUUUGCCUCAAAUGGAAGCUUUACAUACAUUUAGUUUUGUUAAAUUAUUCAAUUGGCAUUCGAUGGUAGAAUGGACAUUUGUUAAUCUAUUGACUUCUAAUGUUAUGCCUGCUUUACGACGAAUGAAUUUCUCUAUUGUUAUUAGUAUUGAUGAUCUUAUUCGAAUGAAGAAUUCUGCACUUUUUACAGACUUACGUCAUAUUGAUGUUCAUUAUGCUUUUAUUAUCAAUGAUGAUCGUCCACAUAUAGAACUUCUUAAUUAUGUACCAUAUGGUAAUCAAUGUCAUUCUCGUCAAAUAGGUAGUGCAACAUUUAUUUCUGAUUCUUGGCCUGACAAUCAACCAUUUACAACUCCAGGUCAAAUCUAUCUGAGGAAACCCAAAAUUCGACAACAUCUAUUCUACAGUUUACCAUGGACUUUUAAUGAAUUUUUUCAAUUAAGUGUUCCAGAUAGAUGCAUUUAUCAAUUAGAAGUAUUUAAAUCUUCUUGUUCAAUUAGUGAAAUCUAUUCGUCUAAUUUAAUUAAAUUGAAUAUGUCAGAUAAUCUUGCAUCAUCUACUAUAUUGUUAUCUCAAAUAAUGACUUCAAAUAAGAUAGUCGCACUUCAUUUGUUUCGAUGUAAUAGACAAGUGUCUAUGAAUUUACCUAAUGUUUCUCAUCUUAUUCUUAUCGAUAGUUUGGAUUCAUUGAAUAGUUGUUCACUUUCAUUAAAUAUUCGAUCCAUUCAAAUCAUUCUUCAUUAUGAAUGUCUUCGUUUUGCAACUGGUGAUUGGACUGCUUUACGUUCACUCUCAAUUUUACCAUUGUUGAAAUCUUUACGUAUACUUUUAUAUGGUAUGCAUAUUCCUCCAGAUGAUACAAGUUGUCAAAUCAUUGCAGAGAUAACACCAAAUUUAUUGGAUUUUUCUUUUUGUUUUCGACGUAUUUAUCAUCAAAAUUCUUAUGAUAUUGUUGCAGCAUACAAGGAACAUUGUUUAUUUAUUGAAAAAUUACGAAAGCGUAUUCUUAAUUUAUCAUUAAAUGAACAACCAUAUGUUUUUGUUGAAAAAGAUGGUUGUGGACUUAUUAUGUGGUUUUGA